CCUGCUGGGGACCGUAUGUUCAACGUAUUCAUGAGGACGUAAAGGUGCCAAAAACUACACGAACUCUCUGUGGGUCUGCCGAAAAGGAAGUCAUGGAUUAUAUAAAAAAACACAAUAUUUAUCUCUCCGUCGUCAUUUUGAUGGUUAGCAGUGCCUGCCACGCCCUCCUGGCCAGAUUUCUGGAGAAAAACUUCUCAGAUCAGCUGUUAACUCAUCAUUUGGGCUCAGAAGAUGACAGCCAAAUUACCUCCUGUGAUUUUGAGACGCUGUGCCUCUGGAGAUCAUCAAAUCACAGCGACCAAAGUGACUGGUCUGUGGUGUCACCACAGCAACCGCAAAACUCACAGACUGGGAUGAUACCUGUGAGUGACCACUCAGUGGGAAGCUCUGAUGGGCACUUCCUUCUCCUAAGAUCCUCCCCUGCCGCUGAGGCUUCUGGGAGAUGUGAGUACCACUUAACCAGCCCCGUCUUGCCAGGAAGCAACAUGUACUGCAUGUUGCAGGUGGCUCUGUAUGAGGCCGGCCCACCAGUGGGGAACCUCACACUCCUGAUCAAGCCAGUUCUCUCAGGUUCGACUGUUCACUCUGUGGUUCUUAACCACAGGAGACGUGACGACCGCAGGGCUGAGUGGGAAGUUCUGGAGGCUGUGAUUGGUCAGGUGGACGAGCCCUUUCAGUUGACCCUGCUCUACACUUCGUGUUUGGGAGAAAAUGGAGCCACUGUGGCUCUGGACUCUUUGGAGCUCAUCGACUGUGCAUCAGAACACCAGGUCUUCGAGCUGGAUGGAGCAUGUGGGGAAUCUUUCCACUGUGAAACCUCAGGAGGCUGCAUCGAUCAGAGCCAAGUGUGCAACUUCCACACCGACUGUCCUUUAGGAGAGGAUGAAGGCUUCAUUUGUGAUGCUCUUCCAUUUGGCUCACACUGCUCAUUUGAACGGGAUGCGUGUGGUUGGUCCGUGUCCAACCAUCACUCGGCCUGGAGAAGAGUCGCUGGAGACGAGCUGCUGGAGGGAGAAGACAUACAGGGUGUCAGUCUGCAGAGUACACCAGGGCACUUCCUGUUUCUUCAGGUCAGAGAGAGUAAUUCCCUUCAAGAGGCCUCCAUUCAGAGCUCCCUUUUCCCUCCUCCAGUCUCUACUACUGCCUGCCAGAUGCGUUUCUCUCUGUACAUGUAUGGAGACUUUAACGGUUCUUUGCUGGUGGCUAUAGAGGAGAAUGGGACCACCACUGCACCACUGGUCUGGGAGAGAAAUGGUCAGUGGACAGAUGACUGGGAAGAUGUUGCCCUGCAGUUGACUGGCCUUCAUCAUGGGUUCCACAUUAAGGUGACAGCUAUGUGGAGACAAGGCUCCAAUGCUGAUGUUGCUCUCGAUGACAUUGCAAUUGGAGCAGCCUGCUUCAACACAGAUCUCAACUCUCUCCUGCCCAUGGUGGACUUGGAUGAUUUCUUAAGCCCCCUUCCAGAGCCCUCAGCCUCAGAGGUUUCUUUGAUGACGUGGUGGUUUAACUCAUGUGGUGCCAGUGGUCCCCAUGGCCCAACCCAGGCCCAGUGUGACAGCACCUACAGGAACAAAAACGUCAGUGUGUCUGUGGGGAAGGAAGGUCCCUUGAAAGGAGUCCAAAUGUGGAGGGUACCUGCAACUAACAGAUACCUGAUCUCUGCCUAUGGGGCUGCAGGAGGGAAAGGAGCCAAAAACCACAACAAACGCAACCACGGGGUCUUCAUAUCUGCCAUAUUUCCUCUGGAGAAAGGAGACGUACUUUACAUCUUGGUGGGCCACCAGGGAGAGGAUGCAUGUCCGGGGAGAAAUCUCCACACCCAGAAGAUCUGCCUGGGAGAGUCGUCAGUGAUUGAAGACAACCUCAGGGGAGAAGCCGGUGCAGAGUGGGCUGGGGGAGGAGGCGGAGGAGGGGGCGCCACCUACAUCUUUAAGAUGGAGGGAGGUGAGCUGGUUCCCUUGCUGAUUGCAGCUGGCGGAGGAGGAAAUGCCUACCUGGAGGACCCGGAGUCCAGUCUAGACCAGAUACCACUGGAGCAGUACGAAAACAGCACCAUAGCUCCCAGUACCAAUGGACAAACUGGUGCUGCAGGUGGCGGUGGAGGCUGGAAAGACAGUCCCAGUCCUCACCUGAGAGCAGGAAGGUCUCUGGUGGAGGGUGCUGAGGGUGGGUCCUCUUGUCGCCAGGCCCUGUCCAAGCUCAGCUGGUCCACCUUCGGGGGUUUUGGAGGUGGGGGUGGGGCCUGCACAGCUGGAGGCGGUGGAGGAGGUUACAGAGGAGGUGACGCUGCGCUGACAGAUGAGAUCAUAUCCGAUGGUCAGAAUGGGGUCUCAUUCAUUCAUCCAGUGGGAGAGAUUUUUCUUCAGCCUCUGGCAGCCAUGGAGAGUCACGGCGAGUGUGAGAUCAAGGUGCAGCUGAACUGCAGCCACUGUCAAACGCAGAGCUGCAAACGAGAUGAAGAUACUCACCUCAUCCUCUGUCUCUGUGAUGACAAUGAAGUCUUGGCUAGUGACAACGUCACAUGUAUUGGCGCUGUAGCUCCUCAAGGCCUGGAUAUGCAGGGACAGAUGUCGACAUCUUUGAUCCUGGCAGUCGUGGUAUCCACCAUCGCGAGCGGCAUCGCGCUGAUCUGCGCCGGCAUCAUCCUCAUGUGGUACCGCAGGAAGAAUGACCUGCACGCAGUGAGGGGGCGUCUGCAGAGUCCAGAGUACAAGCUGAGCAAGAUCCGCUCCUCCACCAUCAUGACGGACUACAACCCCAACUACUGCUUUGCAGGGAAGGCUGCUUCACUCAAUGAACUAAAGGAAGUACCACGCAAGAACAUAACACUUCUCAGGGCUCUCGGCCAUGGUGCAUUUGGUGAAGUGUAUGAAGGACAGGUUCUGGGGAUGAGCAGUGAUAAUAAUCCCAUGCAGGUGGCCAUAAAGACUCUCCCAGAAAUCUGCUCUGAACAGGAUGAAAUGGAUUUCCUGAUGGAGGCGCUGAUUAUGAGCAAAUUCAGCCAUGAGAACAUUGUGCGUUGCAUCGGCGUCAGUCUGAACAUCCUGCCACGUUUCAUCCUGCUGGAGCUGAUGACCGGUGGAGACAUGAAAAGCUUCCUGAGACAGAACAGACCACGAGCUGGCCAGACCUCCUCUCUCACCAUGCGGGACCUGCUGCAGAUGGCCAGAGACAUCGCCUUUGGCUGUCGCUACCUGGAGGAGAACCACUUCAUACACAGAGACAUUGCUGCUCGAAAUUGCCUGCUCACCUGCCCUGGGCCAGACAGAGUAGCCAAAAUUGGAGAUUUUGGCAUGGCACGAGACAUAUACAGAGCCAGCUAUUACCGGAAGGGCGGUCGUGCUAUGUUGCCAGUCAAAUGGAUGCCGCCAGAGGCCUUCAUGGAGGGAAUCUUCACUUGCAAGACUGACACAUGGUCAUUUGGAGUGCUGCUGUGGGAGAUCAUCUCACUGGGCUACAUGCCGUAUCCCUGCAAAACCAACCAAGAGGUGCUGGAGUUUGUCACCAGCGGAGGCAGGAUGGACCCUCCCAAGAGCUGUCCAGGACCUGUCUAUCGGAUCAUGACCCAGUGUUGGCAGCACUGUCCCGAGCACCGGCCCAACUUCUCCACCAUCCUGGAGAGAAUUAACUACUGCUCUCAGGACCCAGAUGUGAUUAACACACCCCUACCAGUGGAAUAUGGCCCCACAGCAGAGGACGAUGGUGGCAGAGUCAUCCGUCCCUCUGACCACGCCUCCACCAGUCUCACUCCACUCCUGGUGUCCCAUCCUGUUUCCCAGGAUUCCCCCUCCCAGCUGGGUCUGUCCUCUCUGGGCCUGGGUCCAACCUCUCUUCCUCCACAGCCUACCAAACCCCGUCUACUCCUCCAGAAAACCCAACCUGUCCAUCACGAAGUGGUGUCAUGCCGUGAGGCUCUGGAGCCGUGCUGGGCUGAGCCUGUUCCUGCCCCUGGUUUGUCAGCAGCAGGCAUGUGCGCAGGAGGCCACUGGCCUCACCCUGAGCCUCCUCAUCACCAACCUUGCUCCAGAAACAGCUCCUCAGGGAGCCAGAGGCUGAAGAACAAGACGAAGAACCUAUGGAACCCCACCUACGGCUCCUGGGUUCUGGAAAACUUCAGUCGGAAGAAAACACUUGCUCACACUCAGUCCAUGCCACUCUCAAACUCCUCUUCUUCCACCUCUAACACACAGGCUCCUCAGACCUGCAACCCAACCAUAGAGAGCAACGAGGCUGGAUGCAACAGUGCCAGCAGCACCCACCUCAGCCCCUCCAGCCUCUGCACCUCCACAACUCCAUCGCCUUCCUGCCAGGCUCAAGCUGCCAUGAGCAUGUCCUCCAAUAAGACUCCAACAUUUGGCAGCGCAAAGGCUGGUGUGGACCUGGCGAAGCUCCAGAGUUUCCCCUGUGGCAACGUCAACUAUGCCUACGAUGAGCAAAGCUACGAGGCAGAAAGCCUGCCUUUAGUUAUGCCCAAAGCCCCAGAAGCCAUCACAAACACCAGCUCUGCCCCCACUGUCUCCUCAGGGACUGGCCUGGGACUGGCCUUAGGCCUCCACACCUCCUCAUCUUUUAUGCCGAAGCUGCUGCUGAAGCGCCACGCCAGCUACGGACACGAGGAUGUCAGGAGACACACCAAAGCUGAGAAACCCACACGUGACCGAGACUCUGGCUUUUCUCUGUCCGAAGACCUCAGCGUUACCCCUAUCUAAGAAAUGGCUGACUGUAACAGGGAUUUUGAUUGCUAUUUAAUUAUAUCUCACACGGAGGCCCUUUUCUCACAGCCUGAGACUGGAGUUCUGGAUUUCUGGGACUAGAAGCAUGAUCACGAGGGCUCCGCCAAGGUCUGAGAGCCACAUCAUCAAUUAUUAGAGUUCCUGGAAUGCUGGAAAACACACUCGAACACUCACAUGCACUCAAACCCACCUCUGCACUGUGAUACAGAGAGCCAACGCUGGACUCAGAGCUCUUUCCUGGGUUUCUGGUACACUGGUAGCUGAACACUGAAGCUGAAUCACUGCAGCACGCAGCCCUGCGCUUCUCAACGUCUACAUCCCUGGUGACGGCUGCCGUACAUUACUGCUGUAGUCGGACUCCUUUUUUUACCUACUUGUUUUUGUUUUUUUUCAUGAAAGCUCUGGUGGUAGAAUAUGUUGCAUCAUCGUAAACAAUUGGUUGGAAUUUGUAGUAUUCAUUGUACAGUACGACCAGAACAAGCCAAAAACAUUGAGCCAUUGGGAACAGAAACUCCAAGCAUUUUUUUUUUAUCUUAAGAGUUUAAAAUUCAGAAAAGGUUGUAAAGUUACUGAAACUCUUUCAUGUAUAAUUUGUUCAUACUUAAAGCAUGUUAGGGUACAACUUUGAAUACUCACGUGAUUCUGAUUUGCUUUCACCCUAAAUAAUGUGAAAACACAUACACCUGAUACCAUGCAAUAACAUGUAUUUUCUGAAAGUGUGUUUGUUGCCCUCUCAGUUUAGCUUUGGAGCUUGAAAGUUCAUUUUUGACUUUGGAAACAGCUGUUUGGCAAAAACUCUCAACACAAGGUCUACUUACUUUGUGGUUUCCAAAGCUUCUUCAGCAGACAGAGUUUGCUGUCAUGGAGAUGGUUUGGUUGUUAAGGAUGGGAUUUCAGUCACUUGCUAUAAAUGAGGAGAUCAUAAACCCUGUUUUUGAUCAAGAAUGAUCUUAGGUGUCAGAUGUGAAUCUUUCUCCAGCCGUCCACUGACUCCACUGCUGGCUGGCUUUCCUGGAAACCACAUGUUGAAGACAAGUGCUCCUGGCCAAGAAAUAGUCCCACACAAGCCCACCUACACCUAGUUUGGUUUUCGUAUGGAUUAAAGUAAAGAUAAAAAGUGUUUGGUGAGCUUUAGAGGUUCUAGCAGAUAUUUUUACCUUAAUACAGAGCCAGAACUGUUUCCCUUUGUUUCCAGUCUUUGUGCUAAGCUAAGCUAACCGGCUGCUGGCAGCAUAUUUACUGUACAGACACGAGAGCCAAUAUGGAUGCUCUCAUCAAACUCUUCAUACGUAUUUUUGUGUAAAAGGUCAAACUAUUCCCUUGUAAAGAAAUGGUUUGUGUGUUUGUGCAUCCUUCUGACUUAAAACUGCUGGAUGUUCUGGAAGUCAGCGGAGCUUGUGCUGACACUUUUUUGUUUUUUGCCAAACUACGAAGAUCUUGAUUGCUUUGCAUAUUUUUGACCAUUCCUGACUCUCUUUCCCCAUGUUCUAAUAUUUACUUGGACUCAUAAAUAUAUAAGCGUGUAGAAUUUGAUGAUGACCAUGCAGCUGUGAAAAUAUUAGCUAUUUUUGUAGUCACUUCAGUACACUGGACUAACCCAUUGUAUAUGUAGCUGUUUACCAUUUAUUUGAAUGCAUUUAUGUUUAUGAUGGAUCUGGAUUUGUAGUUGAUCACUGCCAUUAGAUACCUCUACACUGCAUCUACUGAUGUCGUGCUGGUAGUACCUAUGUUUACUCAGCAGGGGGAGGUAUUCAGCUUUGAUAUACCAAACAUGCUGCUGCAGGUAUCUCAGUUCAUACAAUUACUCAAAGAUUAAAUUGUGAAAAUCUGUAUUCAAUGUUUAUGUUUUAUAGGUUAGUUUUAUUUAAUCAAUUGAUUUGGUAGUUGGAUCCGAUAUGUGUCUUUAUUUUGAGCCUAAACUUGUUAAUAGUUUAUUUUUCAAUACGUUGAAUGAAUGGUUACAUCUAUGUGAAGUUUCUAUAGGCUUACUCUGUGUUUUUAUGCUCAGGCCUGCUGAUAUUCAUGAGUGUUUACCUUAGUUGGUCAACUGUCCACUUGAAAAUAACAUAUUUUAGAAAAGGCUCACAGUUUUCUAAAGGCUGUUUAGCAAGAGAUUUGUGCCAUUUAGAAAUACAGAUACCUGUAAUACCUAGGAAUGGUUACUGAUUUCUUUCACAGAGGAAGAUCAUCUUCGUCCUCCUCACAGUGUCUAUGUUUUUUAUGGCCUGGUGUGUUUUAUUUCACACUGAAAAGUUGUUUUUCUUCAUUCUUCAAGUAGCUGAGGGUGUUAUGCCUCAACCAAAAAUGCAUUCUAUGCAAUCCACAGUCUUUCAUAAUUUCAUCUAACCUAACU